CCUCCUCGUCUCGAAAGUUUCAGCUUAAAAAACUUUCUAGUAGUUUUGACUCUGCUACCCCUUCAAAUUUUGACCGAUUUGACUUUCUCAGUUUGCGAAGUACCAUUGAAAUUGUAAAAAGAACUAGUGGUGGCCGUAAACUAGGAUGCAAUCUCAAAAGUUUUUCACUGUUGAGUCGAUCACUCGGAAGCGAGUGAAUUUGAGAGGAAGGAGCCCCAAGGAGAUGGAUAGAGAUGCGCUUAUUAAGAACGCGCAGUUGGAGCGCGGUCGCCGCCUCCAGUUGCGAAAGGAGACUACUGCAGCUCUCAAAAUUCAGCUACAGAAAUGCUUCAGAGCAAGACGGGCAGUGAGAGCUGCACGGUCUUUAGUACGUGAGCAGUUCUAUGGAACCUAUGACAGACAAUGCCAAAAUGUGAACAGGCAUUGCUUUGGCCCAGAUUCAGGGUUCCUCCGCCAGCUAUGUUUCUUUUUCAAUGCAAAAAAUGUUGAUGACUUUUCAGUCCUCGUUGAGACAUGCCGAUUACUUCAUCAUUUUGUUCAAGAUAAUGGAAAUGUUGAGAACCUCUUUGCAGGCAUCGACCGUUCAUUGGAUCGUGUUUUAGCUGCAUGCAGAGUGCGGAAGCUGGCAUUUGCUUGUUUGCAGGCUAUACAUCAGAACAGGAGUAAUCUGAAGGAUCAACUUUUAACGACUUCCGAAGAGUCUACCUUACCCACAGCUAUCUUGCUUCAGGCAGUUCUAUUGUUGAUAGAUCCUGAACGUCCAUGGGCUUGUGAAGUGGUUGAUUAUCUCAUUCAGAGAAAUCUAUUGACUCUACUUAGAGAAAUUAUUCUUGCAGUUAAGGCAAGUACGAAGGGUCGUAGUUCACAUGGGAAGAAAUCUUUAGUGGAGGAUGUGCUUACCCGUAUAGCAUCCCAUAUUUCCCAAGAGCUAGUUACUCCUCGGGAUACUGGUACAAAAUGGAGUCGUUGUUUCUCAUCACAGAUUCUUACAGUGCCUUUCUUAUGGCAGCUUUUCCCAUACUUGAAAGAGGAUUUUGCGUCUCCUAGACUGAGUCAGCAUUACAUUGAUCAGAUGGCAAGUGAUAUGGGGACUGAGAUUCCUGGUUAUGCCGAUCUUCUUGAUUUGUUGCUAGAUGCACCUCAGUGGCUAUUGCCUCUGGCUGUUUUCUGCACUGUCUACAAGUACAAGCUUAUGAUAGUUGAUGAUAAAGAGUUCUAUGAGCAGGGGAAGCCGCUAUCAUUGCACGAUUUACAAGAUUGGAACAACAGAAGUGAGUUUACUUCCCCUAGUGAUUUCCAUGUUGAUGAGCUUGUGGUUGAUAAUUGCUUUAUUUCUCAGGCAGCAAUAGUAGGUACAAAAGAAUAUGACAUAGUGAAUCAAGCUCCUGUUUUAAUUCCGUUUGCUGGCAGAGUCAAAAUAUUUAAUGCACAACUAGCAGCAGUUAAAAAACAGCAUCGGCCACAUGGACUUUUGGCUAGAAAGCAAUUUAGAAUUCGCCGGGAUCAUUUUUGGGAAGAUGCUUGUAGUCAGAUGAGGGCAUUGCCUGAAGAGGAUCUACGAGGAUUGAUACGUGUAACUUUUGUCAAUGAAUUGGGAGCUCCAGAAGCUGGUCUUGAUGGGGGUGGAAUUUUCAGAGAUUUUAUGGACGACAUCACUCCGGCUGCAUUUGAUUUGCAGUAUGGGUUGUUUAAGGAGACAUCUGGUCACCUUCUCUAUCCGAAUCCUGGAUCCGGAAUGAUUGAUGAACAACACCUCCAAUUGUUCCAUAUCCUAGGAACUUUUCUAGCAAAGGCCAUGUAUGAAGGGAUUCUUGUAGAUUUACCAUUUGCUAAUUUCUUCCUUAGCAAAUUGAAACAAAAGUACAACUAUUUGAUGGACUUGUCUUCCUUUGACCCAGAGUUAUAUCGCCAUUUGAUCUUUUUGAAGAAUUAUGAAGGGGACUUUUCCGAGUUGGGGCUCUACUUUAUAAUUGUAAAUAAUGAGUAUGAAGAGCAAAGGGAAGAGAAACUAGUUCCAGGAGGGGAAAACUUAGGUGUUACCAAAGAUAAUGUUUUUGAAUAUAUUUAUCUUUAUUGUAACUACCGUCUGAAUUUUCAGAUACAACAACAGAGUUCUCAUUUCCUUGGGGGAUUUCUGCAGCUUAUGCAGAAACAUUGGUUCAAUAUGUUUAAUGAGCAUGAAUUGCAGCUUCUGAUCUCAGGUUCACCUCAAAGCUGGGAUGUUGACGACCUUCAACUCCACACCAAUUAUACUGGUGGCUAUAAUAGUGGAGACUGCAUCAUUAAGAUGUUUUGGGAAGUCCUUAAAAGCUUUUCGCUGGAAAAUAAGAAGAAAUUUUUGAAGUUUGUGACUGGAUGCUGUCGAGGCCCUUCUCUUGGAUUCAAAUAUCUUGAACCUUUAUUUUGCAUACAAAGGGCUGCUGGCACUUUGGACCGAUUACCCACAUCAGCUACUUGUGUGAACCUUCUAAACCUCCCACCAUAUACAAGGUUUGUUGAAGUUGAUCUGGCACUUUCUGCACAUGCCAAUGCUCGCCGGUGGUAUGACAUGAAGAAAAAACAGGAGAGCAAACAGGAAAAGACUAUUACAGCACAUGAAAAGGCUUUCAAGGCAGCUGAGAGAAAGACUCAUCUUCAACUUUCACAGGAAAAAACUGCCGCUACAAUUUCACAUAUGCGCAAAGUUCACUGGUUUGAGAAAUUUAAUUGGUUCAUAAGCAGUGAGAACUAUCUAGUUAUUAGCGGACGUGAUGCACAACAAAAUGACAUGAUAGUCAAGCGUUAUAUGUCAAAAGGAGAUCUGGACAAAAGUAAUACACCUUCUGGGUUUACUCUAAAGUUAAGGAAGCAUAUACGCACGAGAAGGCUUGAAGAUGUGCGGCAACUUGGUUAUGAUAGGAUAAUUCUUUUCCAAUUUGGGUUGGGGGCCAAUGCGCAUUAUGUAAUACUGGAGUUAUAUGCCCAAGGAAACAUUCUUCUCACUGAUUCUGAAUUUACUGUUCUGACUCUUCUCCGCUCACACAGGGAUGAUGAUAAAGGGGUUGCAAUCAUGUCACGCCAUCGUUAUCCUACAGAGAUCUGUAGAGUUUUUGAUCGAACAACUAUUUCAAAGCUGCAGACAGCUCUUUCUUGUACUAAGGAACCUGAUGAGAAUGAAACUGCUCAGACCAAUGAAGGGGUAAGUGAUGUGUCCAAUGCACUAAGAGAAAAGCUGGGUAGCCGCAAGGGUGGGAAAUCUUCAGAGGCAAAUAAGAAUCCCAGUGAGAAUGCUCAUGUAAAACAAGUCACAUUGAAGAAUGUUCUUGGAGAGGCAUUGGGUUAUGGGCCUGCACUUUCUGAGCAUAUUAUUUUAGAUGCUGGCUUGGUUCCAAAUACAAAAGUUUCUAAAGAUAACCAGUUAGAUGAUGAUAAAAUUCAGGCUGUGGCCCAAGCUGUUGGGAGGUUUGAGGAUUGGCUACAGGACAUUAUAUCAGGUGACAAGGUUCCUGAAGGAUAUAUAUUAAUGCAGAAUAAGAAUCUGGUGAAGAAUGGAUUGCCAUCUGAACCAGGAAGCCAGAUAUAUGAUGAAUUCUGUCCUAUUUUACUAAAUCAAUUUAAGUUAAGAGAGCAUGUGAGGUUUGAAACAUUCGAUGCAGCUCUGGAUGAGUUCUACAGUAAAAUUGAGAAUCAAAGGGCUGAACAACAGCAAAAGGCAAAAGAGAGCUCUGCUGCUCAGAAACUAAACAAGAUUCGCUUUGAUCAGGAAAAUCGUGUCCAUACACUAAAGAAGGAAGUUGACCAUUGUAUCAGAAUGGCAGAAUUGAUAGAGUAUAACCUGGAAGAUGUGGAUGCUGCAAUACUAGCCGUACGUGUAGCACUUGCAAAGGGUAUGAAUUGGGAGGAUCUUGCUCGUAUGGUAAAGGAAGAGAAGAAAUUGGGAAAUCCUGUGGCUGGGCUAAUUGACAAGCUCCUUCUUGAGAGGAAUUGCAUGACACUGUUGUUGAGCAACAAUCUUGAUGAGAUGGAUGAUGAUGAAAAGACUCUCCCUGUGGAUAAGGUUGAAGUUGAUCUGGCACUUUCUGCACAUGCCAAUGCUCGCCGGUGGUAUGACAUGAAGAAAAAACAGGAGAGCAAACAGGAAAAGACUAUUACAGCACAUGAAAAGGCUUUCAAGGCAGCUGAGAGAAAGACUCAUCUUCAACUUUCACAGGAAAAAACUGCCGCUACAAUUUCACAUAUGCGCAAAGUUCACUGGUUUGAGAAAUUUAAUUGGUUCAUAAGCAGUGAGAACUAUCUAGUUAUUAGCGGACGUGAUGCACAACAAAAUGACAUGAUAGUCAAGCGUUAUAUGUCAAAAGGAGAUCUCUAUGUCCAUGCAGAUUUGCAUGGAGCUUCUAGUACUGUGAUCAAGAAUCACAGGCCUGAACAACUUGUACCUCCUCUCACUUUAAACCAAGCAGGAUGUUUUACAGUUUGCCACAGCCAAGCAUGGGACUCUAAGAUUGUCACCAGUGCUUGGUGGGUCUAUCCUCACCAGGUCAGUAAAACUGCUCCUACAGGAGAAUAUCUUACAGUUGGAAGUUUCAUGAUUCGUGGGAAAAAGAACUUCCUUCCUCCACAUCCGCUGAUAAUGGGCUUUGGUCUGUUAUUUCGUUUGGAUGAAAGCUCCUUGGGAUCACAUUUGAAUGAAAGGAGGGUAAGAGGUGAGGAAGAAGGGAUAAAUGAUGUUGAAGAAAGUGGUCCUCUUGAAGAAAAAUCAGAAUCAGAAUCUGAUAAUGAAGGUGAAGCUAUUGAUGCACAUCAAUUAGCAGUUGAAGGAAGAACUGACCUGAAUAAUGUUCUAACUGAGAAUGUAUCUAAUAUUGUUGGCAAUGAUGUUGCAUCAGUCACUCCACAACUUGAGGAUCUUCUUGAUAGAACUCUUGUGCUUGGCUCUGGUACUGUGUCUGGUAAAGUUUAUGGGUUUGAAACAUCUGAAGUUGAUUUAGAAGAUGAAGAUAAUCAUGAAGACAAGAAAGCUGCAGUUAGGGACAAGCCUUAUAUUUCAAAAACAGAAAGAAGAAAGCUCAAGAAAGGCCAGAGUAGUGAUGCUUCCAAUUCUAAAGUUGGGAAGGGAAAUGAAAAGGUAAAAGAGGCUGGGGGUUCUGUGAGUCAGCCCAAUACAGAUGCACAAAAUAAGAAGCAAGGUAGUGGAAAAAUGAGUCGUGGGCAGAGAGGCAAACUCAAGAAGAUAAAGGAGAAGUAUGCUGAUCAGGAUGAGGAAGAAAGAAACAUACGAAUGGCAUUAUUGGCUUCUGCUGGAAAAGUUAUCAAGAACGAUGGUGGGUCAGAAAAUGAAAAUGCUACCAAUGACAAAGAGAAGAAACCUGCUGCAAGAGUUCCUGAAGAUGCUAUAAAAGUAUGUUAUAAAUGCAAAAAGCCAGGUCACCUCUCUCGGGAUUGUCAAGAACAUCCAGAUGAUACUUUGCAUAUUGAUGAAAACGGAAUCAGAGAUGAUCACCGUGUGGGUGUGGAUGAUUCUAGUGAGUUGGACAGGGUAGCCAUUGAGGAAGAUGAUGUCCAUGAGAUAGGGGAAGAUGAGAAAGAAAAACUGAAUGAUGUGGAUUACUUGACCGGAAAUCCACUGCCCAGUGAUAUUCUCUUAUAUGCUGUUCCUGUCUGCGGACCUUAUAAUGCACUGCAAUCAUAUAAAUACCGCGUGAAGAUUAUUCCCGGAUCUGCAAAGAAAGGGAAAGCUGCAAAGACUGCCAUGAAUUUAUUUAGCCACAUGCCAGAGGCUACAAACAGAGAAAAGGAAUUGAUGAAAGCAUGUACAGAUCCUGAGUUGGUUGCAGCAAUUAUUGGCAAUGUGAAGAUCACAGCUGCGGGUCUUACCCAAUUGAAACAGAAGCAAAAGAAAAGCAAGAAGAGCAAGAAAGAAGAAAGCUAGGCAGAUAUGGAAUGACUGAAUUGUGAUAUCAACUACAGACAGACCUUGCUUCCUAAAAACUUGUUUUCACUUUGUUUAUCCCCUUAACUGGGGUGUAACCGAGAAUGUAUAUGAUAAGGACUCUGGAACCUCUUGCCUUGGACAAACCAUACAUAAAUCAAUGAAAAAUCUUGCAGGUUAUGCUUUGACAGUUUUUUCAUCUUCUCAGUUGUAUCAUCUAGCCUAGUAAUAAAAUUAUUUG